GCGGCCAUGAUCGAGCAGCAGAAGCGGAAGGUCCCGGGAGGCCCCGGCCCCGCUCCCGGCCCCGCUCCCGGCCCUGCCCCCGGCCCCGACCUGCCCCUCGUGCCCGCACCGGCCAAGCGGCCCCGCCAUGAGCUGCCGGGGGCGCCCGGGGCUGGCGGCGGGGGAGGGCAGCCCCCUCCCGGGGCGCUGCUGCAGGCGGGCCCCCCACGCUGCUCCUCCCUGCAGGCCCCCAUCAUGCUGCUCUCAGGGCACGAGGGGGAGGUGUACUGCUGCAAGUUCCACCCCAACGGCAGCACCUUGGCCUCCGCCGGCUUCGACAGGCUGAUCCUGCUGUGGAACGUCUACGGGGACUGUGACAACUUUGCCACCCUGAAGGGGCACAGCGGGGCGGUCAUGGAGCUGCACUAUAACACGGAUGGCAGCAUGCUCUUCUCAGCAUCCACUGACAAAACCGUGGCUGUGUGGGACAGUGAGACUGGAGAGAGGGUGAAGAGGCUGAAGGGCCACACCUCGUUUGUCAACUCCUGCUACCCGGCGCGGCGGGGACCGCAGCUGGUCUGCACCGGCAGCGACGACGGGACGGUCAAGCUGUGGGAUAUCAGGAAAAAAGCUGCUGUCCAGACAUUCCAGAACACAUACCAGGUCUUGGCUGUCACCUUCAAUGACACCAGUGAUCAGAUCAUAUCUGGAGGCAUCGACAAUGAUAUUAAGGUUUGGGACCUUCGCCAGAACAAGCUCACCUACACCAUGAGGGGACAUGCAGACUCAGUGACUGGCCUCAGCUUGAGCUCAGAAGGCUCCUACCUGCUCUCCAAUGCCAUGGACAACACAGUUCGCAUCUGGGACGUGCGGCCGUUUGCCCCCAAAGAGAGAUGUGUGAAGAUUUUUCAGGGGAACAUACACAAUUUUGAAAAGAAUCUUCUGAGGUGCUCUUGGUCCCCAGAUGGAAGUAAAAUAGCAGGGGGAUCUGCUGACAGGUUUGUCUAUGUGUGGGACACCACAUCCAGGAGGAUUUUGUACAAGCUGCCAGGCCAUGCUGGAUCAGUGAACGAGCUGGCUUUCCAUCCAGAGGAACCCAUUAUCCUCUCUGCAUCCAGCGACAAGAGACUGUACAUGGGGGAGAUCCAGUGAAGCCCACAAGGAGAUGCUGGGGUUCAUGCCCAUGAGAUGCUGGGAUUCAUGCCCUCGGGGUCCUUGGUUUACAGAGUCGGGUUGACUCUUCUCACCUGUGCCAGCCCCCCCACUGGUGGCAGUGGGUAAACCUUGAAGCAAUUUGAUGAGACCAGCUGCCCUCUCACAGGCUGCAGUGUCUUCAUGGCCUCACUGUACAGCUUUUUUCCACACACACCCCCCCUUCUCUGGGGAGGAAGGAAAACUUGGAAUUAAAAGGAAUUUGGUUUUGGCUGCACCAUCGACUAUUAAACCCUUACCCAGAUCACUUGAGAUUGGUAACAUUGUUUAAACUCCAUAUGUGGCUUGUGUAUUCCCUGUCAAGAUCCUCUUGGUGUUUUUAUACAGUGAAAACUGAAAUAGAUAGCUUUUUACAAGAA